AGUGACAGCCUGCGGGAGACAGCUAUGGCAGAUAAAAUGUUGGCUGCACAUUUCGAUCCUCCGGGAGGACCAGAUAACCUCUGUGUUAAAGAAGUGAUCAGACCUGUACCAAAGGAAGGGGAGGUUCUUAUACAAGUCCAUGCCAGUGCCCUGAACAGGGCAGAUUUACUGCAGACGAGGGGACGUUAUCCCCCACCCCCGGGAGCCAGUCUUAUCCUGGGUCUGGAAGCAGUGGGCAAAGUGGUGGCACUCGGUCCAGGUGCUGAUGGAUGUUGGAAGAUUGGAGAUCGAGUGAUGGCUCUUCUGGCUGGAGGAGGAAAUGCUCAGUAUGUGGCAGCACCUGCCAGUCAGCUCAUGCCAAUCCCCCCUGGCAUGACCGAUACCGAUGCUGCCUCCAUCCCUGAGGCCUGGCUCACCGCGUACCAACUCUUGCACUUUGUGGGUAAGGUCCAGAAAGGGGAGACGGUGUUGAUACACGCAGGUGCUAGCGGUGUGGGCACUGCCGCCAUCCAGCUGUGCCGUUUGGCCGGUGUGCUUCCUAUAGUGACAGCCGGUUCAGCUGAAAAACUUGAGUUUGCCAAGAAACUCGGAGCUGCUUCUGGAUUCAACUACAGAGAAGAGGACUUUGGCGCUAAAUGUCUGGAGACCACAAAUAAUGUUGGGGCUGAUAUUAUUUUAGACUGUGUGGGGGCGACACACUGGCAGAAGAAUCUACAGUGCCUGAACACUGACGGCCGCUGGGUUGUCUAUGGGUUGAUGGGCUCUGGUGAGAUCCAUGGAGAUUUCCUGACAAUGUUACUGAAGAAAAGAGGAAGCAUGCUGGCCAGUACACUGAGAGCUCGCUCAAGAGAGUACAAGACGGAGCUGGUGAAGGCUUUCACAGAACAAGUUCUCCCUUACUUUAAACCUGGCGGUUCUAUCCAGCUGCAGCCAAUAGUAGACAGCGUGUUCCCCUUCGAUCAGAUCGCUGAUGCACACCGCCGCAUGGAAGCCAACAAGAACACAGGGAAAAUCGUUCUUCAGAUCCCUGUGUGACACUAGGGGGGA